GCCAGAAACUAGUGGAGUGGCACCAGCUGGACGUGACUUCUUUCUUGGACCAAGUGACUGGGUUCCUGAGUGAGCAUGGGCAGCUGGAUGGCCAUUCUACCAGCCCUCCACAAAAAUGCUCUCGUUCAGAGAGCCUCAUUGACGCCAGCGAGGACAGCCAGCUGGAAGCUGCCAUCAGGGCCUCCUUGCAGGAGACACACUUUGAUUCCUCCCAGGCCAAGCAGGAGAGUCGCUCAGAUGAGGAGUCAGAGUCAGAGCUUUUCUCUGGAAGUGAGGAGUUCAUUUCUGUGUGUGGCUCUGAGGAGGAGGAGGAGCUGGAGAAUCCUGCCAAGCUGAGGAAGUCUCCGCACAAGGACUCGGGGUAUAAGAAAGAGGAGAGCCGAAGGGCUCAGCCCGAGCCCCCUGCAAGGACUGAGCCUGCCACAGCACCAAAUCACAGAGUGCUGCCCUGCAUUGACACAGGGCUACUGGAGGAGCUGACUGACAAGCCUGAAAGUCCCUUUCAAGGCCUAGAUGUGAAUGGACCAAAGGCACAGCUGAUGCUGAGGUAUCCAGAUGGAAAGAGGGAACAAAUUUCACUGCCUGAACAAGCCAAACUUCUGGCCCUUGUGAAGCAUGUCCAGUCCAAAGGAUACCCCAACGAGCGCUUCGAGCUCCUCACCAACUUCCCUCGCAGGAAACUCUCCCACCUGGACUAUGAGAUCACGUUACAGGAGGCAGGCCUGUGUCCUCAAGAGACUGUCUUUGUGCAGGAAAGGAAUUAGCACCGUGGCCUGAGUUCUCCCAGCCUUCUUCCCCUCUCUCCUCUUUGCCUGGGACACUGACUCACUAAAUAUGCAGUCGAGAGUCAUAGGUUUGCAGUGCUGAAAUCAGUCAGGCAGCUGGCUGGCCCCUCUCUCUCUCUCUCUCUCUUCUUCCCUUCUCCUACUCUAGUGACCAAAUGAGAGUGUUCAGAGUUCUGUUUUCUUCCUCAGCUUGGGCCCUGC